ACUCCAAGUCUGUACAACUAAAACAGAGCUACCACCUCUGCUCAGAAGCAAUGGCCUUACAAAAUCUAAUCUUUCUUUUCUUUUCUCUUCUCAUCGCCCAGUUUCCUUUUUCCACAGCUCAAAAUGUGGUUAAAGCCACUUACUGGUUCCCUGAUAGUGGGAUUUCAGCCUCUGACAUCAACUCGACUCUGUUCACUCACAUCCUCUGCGCUUUCGCCGAUCUCAACUCUCAAACUUACGAGGUCACCAUCUCCAGCAAUAACCAAAAUUCCUUCUCCACUUUCACCAGCACAGUUCAACAAAAGAACCCAUCAGUCAAGACCCUCUUAUCAAUCGGUGGCGGAAACUCAAAAGCCAGCGAUUUUGCAGCCAUGGCAAGCCAAGCUUCUUCACGGAAGACCUUCAUCGAUUCCUCCAUUAGCAUCGCCAGAUCCUAUGGAUUCCAAGGCCUCGACCUCGAUUGGGAAACGCCCCAAAACGAUUUAGAGAUGUCUAACCUGGGUUUGCUCUUAGACGAGUGGAGAAUCGCCGUGAACAACGAGUCGAGUGACUCGCCCCUCCUCUUGACCGCCGCUGUUUUCUACUCCUCGGACCAUUACUCAGUGAGUUUCCCAGUUGACUCGAUAGGAAAUAACUUGGAUUGGAUCAACAUUAUGGCUUACGAUUAUUACACGCCAGCGUCGUACUCUUCGCCAAAAGUAACCGGUGCUCAUGCGCUCCUAUACUACCAGCCGGGCCGAGUCAGCACAAGUUCGGGGGUCGACUCCUGGACCGGGGCUGGUUUGUCUGCAACGCAGAUGGUCUUGGGAAUGCCUUACUAUGGCUUUGCAUGGAAACUGGUUGACCCGGAAAACCAUGGUAUAGGUUCUCCAGCAACCGGACCGGCUGUUUCAUCAGACGGCUCGAUACGUUAUGUGGACAUCAAGGCAUUCAUUCAGAAUAACGCAGCCACGUCAGUGUACAACUCGACGGUCGUAGCCAAUUACUGUUAUUCUGGGACCACGUGGAUUGGUUUUGAUGACGUGGAGGCAAUUAGAGCAAAGGUUUCAUAUGCUAAGGAGAAAGGACUGUUAGGGUAUUUCACCUGGCAUGUUGCCGGUGACGACAAUUGGGUACUUUCUCAAGAAGCUUAUUCUGGGUGGAACUGAACUCCAAAGUAUCUGAAUGUUCAGCAAUACAGAUUGCCCGGAAACUGAAACUAAAAGCCUAUGAUGUCUGAACAAAUAAAUACUUGUACAAUCAUAAAUAAGAUAGCUGUGAAGGAUAAGUCAUAUUAUAUAUUGUACUAUCUAUUGAAUAAAAAGUGUAAUAUGUUGGUGGGAGAGGGUUCUUUCCUCUAUCCAUGGGCAAUUUCAGGUCUUGGAGGAGGGAGUGUAUUCUAGGGAAACACUGAAAUAGGGUAUAUAAGUCAUUUUACAAGGGGUUUAUGGUAAUCUAGAUCUUAAAAAGGGUGCCCACAUGCAGCUUCGAAUUUUAGCUGGUGGCCCUACAUUGUAGGCAAAAGUUUCCCAAAUAAUCAAAAUAAGUAAGGGUGUCUUUAGUUGGAACAUCUGACUUCAUCAUGUAGAAGGAUUAAAUGGCAAAUCCAACCAUCGGAUACCCAAGAAAUGGGCAUUACAUGUCAAA